AUGAGGAUGGUGCGAAAAAGCGCAAAGGAGGAAAGUGGAUAUCGAAGUGCGAUAAACUUUAUCCUCCUCAGAACCGAGGAGGAUAAAGAAGAAGAUAGUUCGAGAAAUCGAAGCAGGAGGUGCAGAAAUGUUCCAGGAAGCUCUGGCACAGAAAUUAUGCGAGAAGACCAGAGCCAGGAUGUAUCAACAGCUUCCUGCUGCAGAUAA